AUGGAGAGAGCCAACCGCACGUUGGUCACUGAAUUUGUCUUCCUGAGAUUUUCUGACUCCGCUCAUCUCCAGCUGCUCUUCUUCUGCCUCUUCCUCAUGAUCUAUUUCUUAUCCCUGGUGGGCAAUGCACUCAUUGUGCUCAUUGUGGCCCUGGAUGGCCGUCUCCACACUCCCAUGUACUUCUUCAUCUGCAAUCUCUCCUUGAUAGAGCUGUGGUACACCACAGUCACUGUGCCCAAAAUGCUGGCCAAUUUUCUUUGUCCCCAAGGAGUCAUCUCAGUUCCCAGCUGCAUUGCCCAGUACUACUUCUUCUUCUCUUUGGCUGGCACUGAGCUCUUCAUCCUCACCACCAUGGCCUUUGACCGCUAUGCUGCCAUCUGCCGACCACUCCACUAUCCACUGUUACUCAGCCCCCAAACUUGUAGUACCCUGGCUGGGAUCUGCUGGUCUGUAGGGUUCCUCUGCCCCAUGUUCCCUUCAUUCCUCCUUGCACAAAUCUCCUUCUGCACCCCCAACCAGAUCAAUCACUUCUUCUGUGAUGCUGAUCAGAUUUUCCGCCUUUCCUGCACAGAUACAUAUGCCAUCCAAGUGGUGGGCUAUGCUCUUAGCACUGUCGUUAUUCUAGGAGCCUUGGUCUUUACCAUGGCCUCCUAUGCCCAAAUCAUGGUCACUAUUUUAGCCAUGGCCUCUGCUACUGCCAGACGCAAGGCCUUUUCCACAUGCACGGCCCACCUUUCUGUGGUCACUAUCUACUUUGGAACUCUCAUCUUCAUGUAUGUCCGCCCAGCAGUAAAAUAUGAGUCAAACAUCAACAAGAUUGUGGCCAUCUUCUACUCAGUGAUCACCCCACUUCUCAAUCCUCUCAUCUAUACACUCCGCAACAAGGAUGUCAAGGAUGCUCUGAAGGUGUUGGUAUCCCGGAUCCAAAGGAUCUGCCACUCAAGCAGGGAGUCUCAGUGA